UUAACUUUUAACUGUCAUUUUUAAAAUUUUAGUUUUUAUCACAAAGAAGUUGAAAAUUUCAAAACUAUGUUUUAACUAAUAUUAAAUAUCUUUUAUUCAAUUUUAUUACAUGUGAUAUCCCAGCGAUAUGUGAAUGAUUGUUGUAUUUUACAUUAUAAAAUAUGAUUGGUUAAGUUGCCAAAUUAUGACAGGUGACAAAAUAAGUGUCGCAAAAAAUAUUGGUUUUGGUUUGUGUUUGUGUUUGUAACCUAGCUUUUUGCAUUUCAUUUAGUAUUAAUUGAUAAAUAACUAUUAUUAUUUAUAAUUGAAUAAUUUGAGGAGUAAAUAUGGACUUUGGAGACCUAAAGAAUGAUGUAAUUAUUCAAGAAAAGCUGACAAAUUUCCAUAACAGCAUAGAAAAAAUAGAGCUCAUGCUGGAAAAACUGAAGUCUGCAGAUGUUUAUGAACAAUUAUCUCUAUCGGAAAAAGUGGAUUACGAUUUAUUUCUAGCUUACACACUGAAUACAUUGUACUGGUUAUACCUGAGGACUCAAAACGAAGAUCCGAAUAAGAAUGAGGUGAAGAGCCAAUUGAAUAGGAUUAAGGAAUAUAUGGUCAAAGCUAAACAGGCCCGUGAGAGACACACCAUAAGACCCAAAGUAGACAAAGCCGCAGCAGAGAGAUUUAUCAAGCAUGGAAUCAGCUAUAGUAGAAUUGAAGACAAUCCAGAAUCAAUGCCAAACACAAGGAUUCGAUUUGAGGACUGAAUUAGUGUUUAUAUCAAUUUUAUGUUUGAUUAUAAAGAUUUUCUAUAAUUGUACAAAUUUAAAUGUGUUAUGGGUACAUUCCAUGUCAAAUCACUCAGGCAAGAAAUUUGGAUCUCCGAUUUUUCUGAAAAUUGGUGUAUAGCUUCUGCGGGACGUAAAAAUAAGAUAUUUAAGGUAAAAAAAUCUUCUUCUUUUUUCUCAAAAUGUUAUUUUAUGCGAUUUUACCGUGCUUUGGUGUUUAUUUAAACAAAUUUGCAUUUUCUAUCGUACAGUAUCAAUGGAAAACAUAAUAUUUUAAUAGAAGGGACUUAAAAUGUCGUUAUAUGGCAUUAUAACAAGUUAUUUCGAUUCAAAACAAGUUUUUGAUCAAAUUUUAUAAUAUAGAAAAGGUUAAAAUACCGUUUUUUUACAUUUUCUUCCAUUCCCAAAAUACAUCAUAAUCGAUUUGGCUGAAAAUUUGCCCAUAGAUAGCCAAAACAUAUGACUUUAAGUGGUUAGAAGGAUUUGAAUUAUAUUAUAAUACCAAAAAAGUUACAUGCAAUAAUAUCAGACUCAAAAGUAUAUUAGUCCAGUUCGGAUAGCAUUUGACCUUGCAUGCCCAGCUGCCCAAAAUUUUAUUUUUCUAAUCUUUAGAUAAGUCAGUAGUAGCCUAAAUUUAAAAUCGCGAAUGAAUUCCUCCGUUAUGUUAGCCGCCAUCUUAAUUUUAAAGGAGAACUUGUUUUGCUCAAUAUCUCCGCCAUUUUUAACUUUUCGACAAAAAUGGUGAAAACUUAAAUUGUUCCAAAUAAAUCGUAUUUACAAUUAUUACAAUUUAUUUUUAACAAUCUUGUGAGGUUUAAAUUUUCCGAGUUAACCGUACUUACAAUAGACGCCUAUAUUUUUGACUAUGAUAUUGCAUGUAACUUUUUUGGUAUUGUAAUAUAAUUCAAAUCCUUUUAACCACUUAAAGUCUUAUGCUUUGGCUAUCUGUGGGCAAAUUUUCAGCCAAAUCGAUUAUGACGUAUUUUGGGAAUGGAGGAAAAUGUAAAAAACGGUAUUUUAACGUUUUCUACACUAUAAAAUUUGAUCAAAACCUUGUUUUGAAUCAAAAUAACUUGUUAUAAUGCUAUAUAAUGACACUCUUGAGUCCUUUUUAAUAAAAUAUUAUGUUUUCCAUUAAAAAUAAUCCAAAUGAUGAUUCCAAAUCGCAUAAAAUAACAUUUUGAGAAAAAGAAGAAGAUGUUUUGACCUUAAAUAUCUUAUUUUUACGUACCGCAGAAGCUAUAUACCAAUUUUCAGACAAAUCGGAGAUCCAAAAUUUUUUUUUAUCCAAAAUUGAAUGAUUUGAAAUGGAAUGACCCUAUGAAUUAUGAUAUAUCGCACAUCCUGUUCUAAACUGUAGCAACUCAAAAUAUUGAAAUUUUACAAGAGAGGGAAAACAAAAUAUUUGCUUUAAUUAUUUCGUAAUAUAUUUUCUAUUUUAGUUAACAUAAAUCUGAUUUUUAUGUCAAUAUUUUACUUGUUACAACUUAGCCAGAAUAACAUAGGAAAAAUAUAUGCUAAAAGAAGAUAACAAUUAAAAACAUCAUUUCUUUUCGAAAUAAUACAGUUUUCUUCAAAACUUUAAUAUUUUAAUUCUUAUAUUAUGUAACAAUUUGAUUUACACCACUUUUCCCAAAAAUUCAGUAGAUAUUACCAUUUCUUUUUGAAUUAAUACAUAUUUCAUAGGAAUCUAGCACACCUUCUUGUCACAAGUUCAAAUCAUACUGUCUUUACUGGACUAUGUGCUUUGAUUUUAUGACAUAUCAUUUCUUUUCAUUUACUGAUGUAUUUUUAAGGUUGCUAUAUUACAGUUUUCUGGGUAGAUGAUGCUUAAUAUAAUUCAUUGGUGAAAUAAACACAAAAAUUAAAUUUUUUUUAAGUUAAUACACUUUUGAACGGGAUGUGCGAUACAUGGGUUUUAUAUUGAAUCAUUUAUUACACAUUUUGAGGAAA